AAAUCUCCUUCGUAUUAUAUACUGUCCAGCGCAGUAUGACCACUCAUGCGCGACGUCAUAAAAACGUCAAUGCGCAUAGCCAUUUCAUGCGUCAGAAAACUGCCUUUUAUUGCACAGGUGUAUAUUUGAUAUAACUUGGUAAAAUAAUAUGGAAGUUCUUCCGUAUUUCGCAGUGAUUUGUAUCCUAACAUUGACCGAGGGUAAGACAAUCCCAGACAAAGAUAAGACCUGUCAUUCCUCCUCAGAAUGCGCCAAAGAUAGCUGCUGUCGUGACGAGCAGGGAACGCUGGUAGAUCCAUCCGGGUUAUUUGAUCACGUGGGACCUGUGACGGAGGUGCUCAAUGGUACCUGUGUUCCUCUUCACGCCCAGUUUGAUGAGAACUGUGGAGAUGCAUGCCCAUGUGAUCUGACACAAGGUCUGGUGUGUGACAGAGUCGUCUCCGACAACAAGUUCACCCCGUCCAUCUGCAGACCGAAGGAUGUGGUCAGUAAAUGGACCAAUGAUUUCCUGGACUGUUGGAACGAUGCCAACUGUGUGCUCCCUUUGUAAUUUACAAUAUGCAAUAUUGUAAAGUACCUCUAAUUAAACUACGAAUGUUAAGCUGAUGUUAAAAAU